CCAGAACAGCGACAGAAGGGAAUCAGUUCUACUCGUAAUAGUUUCUAAAAGUACCACAAUAGCGCUAAUGUUGCCGAAUGCUGAGUGGAAUAUGUUGUUCAAUUCAACUAGAAUGGUAUAUGACAAAUCAUCAGCGGUGACGCAGUUACCCAAUCGAAAGCUUUAAUGUAAAAAAGUUAAAGUCAUAUCAAAGCUUUUGAUUGGAUAACAAUGUCCAAAUUGCGGCAAAAUAAUGUUAUGUCACAAUCAAGAAGUCCGAAUUGGUCAUUAGUCACUCUGACAUUAAACAAUAGGCUCGUGUGUGUGAGUGUUGAUGGUGGUGGGGUGGCGGCAGUGGGUGGUGUAUUCUGGUAAUGGGUAUUCAUCGAACGGUGCCGAGUACACUAGUGACAGUUCGUGUGAUUUAUCUUUAUUUGCGUUGCUCUUCUGUACAAUUCGAAAUAUUAUGAUGAAAUUCAACAUUUCUUUCCAUGGAUUGUGCGAGAGUAUUUUUUUUCUAUCAAAAAUUCCUCGGAAAAAUUACUUCUUUCCGACUGGACUUUGUUUUUACAAUCAUCUGCCUCAUCAUCUUAAAAGAUUAAUAUUUAAAUUAAUGUAAAGAAAUCUUAAGUCUUAAAGAAAAAGAAAGAAAAUGACCCGACAAUUAGACAUAGUGGUCCGGACACAGAGCCGGUUAGAUAGUAAAUGGCUAAAAACUGAUCUUCAGCAAGCUCUAAAUCCAGAUGGAUUGUCUCAUCUCUGGAAUGAAAUGGUUAAAGAUGGAGAAAUUACAGGAUCGUUUAGUGAUGGAUUACUUAAUUCAGUGGGAAUUACUGCACGCAAAGGAGAAACUGGUCGUUAUUAUUGUGGUCUUCGCGUUCUUAUGUGUGCCUGUUGUGAUGGUAUCUGUGGUCCACAAACUGGGUGCAACUGUGCUCCUUGUCAAAGACUUGAUAGAGAAGAGGCAGCUCGCAAUGAAGCUAAAACUGUAUCACCUCCGAUGUCACAGCCACAGCUGGACAGUUGGAUAUGGGGUCCUCAGCCAAGUGGGGAACAACUUAUUCAUUGCAUACAAGCCCUUGCUCAUGAACAGCGACUUCUUUGUCAUGAAGCUGCAGCCACUACUUUGUCAGCACAUCGACUUCGUCAACGUUUGACAGUUGCACAGCGAUAUUUCACGGCUCUGGGUCGCCAUGCUCUUACAACAGACACUUCAUGCUCCCCGUCAGGCAAUGUGACGUGCCCUGCUGCUACAGCUCCCGUUGGAGUUCCAGGGGCUGCAGGAGUUGCUGCAGGAACGCCAACAGCUUCAUCAGCAGUUGGUGCAGCACCUACAACUCCGGGCAGUUUACGUAGCACAAAAGCUGGUGAAAAGGCAACAAUUAGUCUUGCUCGUGUUGGAUCAAGAGCUGCUCUGAACUUUUCAUUUGCAUUUUUACGACGUGCAUGGCGCUCUGGUGAAGAUGCUGAUUUAUGUUCUGAACUGCUUUCGGAAUCUCUUGAGGCAUUACGCUCAUUACCAGAAGCUACAUUGUUUGAUGAAUCAGCAGUUUCUCCAGUAUGGUUGGAAGUAGUCGAAAGAUCAGCCAAAUUUUUGCGUCAAGUUGUUCUGGGUGAUGGUAACACAGGAGGAACUUCACGAAGCAGUGCAGGGUGGGGUGAAGUGCCUCCUGCCGAUCGCCACACUGCCCUGUGUUUGUUGCUGGAACUUGCUGUUCAGCGAGGUGCUCUCUCUGGUCUCUUGGAUGCCGUACUACUUUUGCUUCGGCUUUGGGAUGGUGCAAAGUAUCAACUUGAUAAUCGAGUGGUAUCAUCAGGUUGGAGUGCUCCAUUAGUUCCUCUAUUAAGAAGAUUUGAGCGGGUUCCCUGUGCAAAAGCUGCUUUAGGAUGUGGUGGCACUUGGGAAGAUGCAUCUGGCAUCCAUGUAUCUCCAACAGAAGUCUUCCUUCGUUAUCUACAGCUUCCAGAAGAUGAUUGUGCUGCCAUUGAUUUAAAGCAGGCUGCUGUAGUUAUAACUUCACAUCUGGAUCGUCUGGCUGCACCAUACAGCCCUCCACCUACUUUCACUAAGACGGCCGGCCAUUACCAAGAGGUUCUGGCAUGGGGCUGGGUAGCUUGGGGCUCUGGAGCAGGGACAGAGGCAGGGGCCACCCCUCAGUGCUGCGAGACUGUCAGUGAGUUGGGAGUCAUUCAAGUGGUCUGCGCUGAGCGUUGCCUCCUGGUGCUUGGUUCUGGAGGCCGUGUUUAUGUUCUUUACUACAGUUCUGAGACUCAGUGCCCUCAACAAGUAGAUGGAUUUGGAGAAAAAGAAGUCAUUCAGUUAGCAGCCCAUCCAGAUGGCAAACACUUCUUGGCUCUUACACGUGAUGGUGAUGUUUAUUCAUGGGGCACUGGUGAUGGAGGACGCUUGGGUCAUGGCGAUAACAAUUCGCGGGAUGAACCUACCCUAGUUCAAGGCCUUGUUGGUCGCAACAUCGUGCGCAUUGCUUGUGGAAGUACUUACAGUGCAGCAGUGUCUGCCUGUGGUGAACUGUAUACUUGGGGGCGAGGGAAUUAUGGUCGCUUGGGUCAUGGUAGCAGCGAAGAUCACUCUGUUCCAACAGUUGUUGCUGGUUUGAAAGGACAUCGUGUGGUGGAUGUGGCUUGUGGAAGUGGGGAUGCACAGACGCUUGCUGUGACUGAUGCUGGACUUGUGUUUUCCUGGGGAGAUGGGGAUUACGGGAAACUUGGUCGAGGGGGAAGUGAUGGCUCCAAGCAACCAAAACAAGUAGACAAACUGUCGGGUGUGGAUGUGGUGCGUGUGUACUGUGGUGCACAAUUCAGCCUAGCACUUACUCGCAAUGGAUCUGUUUACUCUUGGGGAAAGGGUGAUGCAUUUCGCUUGGGGCACGCCUCUGAAGAACAUGUACGAUUCCCCAAGUUAGUGGAAGGCCUGCAAGGGCGGCGUGUAGUCCAGUUGGCUGUGGGGUCAGUGCAUGUCCUAGCAUUGACAGAUGAAGGAGAGGUUCUGGGUUGGGGUCGGAAUGAUUAUGCUCAAGUCGGAGAAGGCAGCAGUGCUGCUGUCCUGGAACCUCAGCCUCUUGCGUCUCUCCAUGGCAAAGUUAUCAUUGGAGUUGGAUGUGGUCCUGCUCAGAGCUUUGCUUGGAGCAGCAGUAGUAGCUGGAGUGUGGCUCUGCGUGUGCCCUUUGUGGUAGAUGUAUGUGAACGAACUUUCUCUCUACUUGAAGAACUUUUGGGCCACGUGGCCGAGGGCAUGGGAGGAGGAAGUGCGGACUGGCCUCCACCGCAGGAGAGAGAAUGCGUAGCUGUGGCAGCUCUGCAUCUUCUACGCUUGCAGCUGCAUGCACUUACAGCUCAUAGCUUGGAGUCGCGCACUGUGGGGCUAGCUGCUGGCUCUCCUCUUUUGGCUGCUCUCAAGCAGCGAGUUGUGGAGCUGGCAAGUGCUCCUGGCGUGCUUGGUUCUGUGCAAAGGGCUGCACAAGCCACUCUUCAGACAGGGUGGAGUGUUUUGCUGCCUACUGCUGAUGAGCGUGCCCGAACGCUAUCAGCUCUACUCCCAGGUUCUGGAUCAGAUCCAUCAUCUUUAAGUUCAGGACAUCGUUUUAUGACCGAUUUGUUAGUAAGCAGCCUAAUGGCUGAUGGUGGACUUGAGAGUGCCCUGAGAGCUGCUUUCAAAGCAGAAGGAGGAUCUGGCAGUGGUUCUCAGAACACAACUCGCAAUUCAGAACAAGCAGAAAGUAAACGAGCCAAGGAUGCUUCUUUGCAUGAAAAGAAUGGUCAAGGGAGUUCAGCUGUACCUCUAUUACAUCUUGUGAAAUUACUAUUAAGAAACGCUGCAGCAGUGACCCAAGCGCAACUUACAACGCUACAGUCUGGUUCUGGCUCUAGUGGUGGGCCCGUGGGCGGUCGACGGGAGGGACGUGAACGAACAGAGCGCUCUCCGAGUCUCAGUUUACUCCUUCGUUUCCAGCGGCUCCUGGUGGCGCACCUAUAUACACGUGCUCAGGAGGCCAAGCAGCCUCAACAGCAGCCGCAGCAGGAUUUGGAAGUUGCAGGAGCUGAAGCACUCUUAACGAAGUAUAUUUGCCUGUUAGUGAGUCAUGCUACUGACAUUCUUCCACAAGCAGUAGGAUUAGCUGCUGUACAGCCAAAAUUAUAUCCACUUAUUGCUGCAGCUUUGAGAGCUGAUGUAAUUGAUGUUUUACUUCCUGAACUGUUGGUGUGUAUGGUUCUUCUUCAGUUAGAGCUGCCUCUUUUGCUCUUGGGAGAGGAUUGGCUUACCCUUUUUGCUCCACUGCUAGAUGCACUGGAUUGUUUUAAUAGGUUGGCUCCUGGGAUUGAACGAGAAGACGCACAGGAUCUCUCCUGGCCUGGCAUCAUUGCUCCUCAACAAGAAAGUGGUGUUCCAAAAGCACCUGAAGAAUUGCCAUUAAUACGGAAAGCAGAUUUAGAAAAUCACAACCGUGAUGGAGGACUUUGGAUUGUUGUAAAUCGCAAAGUCUAUGAUGUCCAAGACUUCAGGGCUCAAGCACCUUGUGGAUCAAGUACUUUACAGAGAUUUGCAGGGCGUGAUGCGACUCAGGCUUUUGAGGCUGCUGGUCAUUCUCAGAGUGCUAAGGACACAAUGGCAGCCUUUUUGGUUGGCCACUAUUUGGAUCCUGCAGAAGCCGCUGUUGUGGACUCCCCACGACAUGAUCCCAGUGGGCUGGCUGCGGGAGCUCCGGCAUCAGGGCUACCACUACUUGACGUCCAAAGAACCCUGGCAUUGCUUCUGGGUCUUCACGCGCAUCGCCUGGCGCAAAGUAGUGCAACUCAGCCAGCUGAAGAGGAAGCUCGAGCGUGGCUGCAUGCACCAUUCUUACAGGGUGGACUGCAAGUGCUCACUCCUCCCAACCCCUUUGAAGAAGAGAAAGGAGAGGCGCGCAGCACAAGUUCCACCGCUGGGACCACCCCCACUGAGCCCUUGCGCUCAGGACCUCCCCGCCCUGCCUUAGGUCUGCCGUUGGACCGUGCCACUCCUCUUCUUCAUGCUCUUGCUGAUGGGCGUCUUUCAGAUCCAUUUGUACGAGCUUUCUUAAGUGCUGUCGAUCAUCACAGCAAACAACAUCAUCUUCUACCUCCUGGGGACUUUCCAGCUGACCAUCCUGUAGAAGAAGUAGGCCGAUUGCUCUUGGCUGUUCUUGGAAAACACCUAGGUUUAGGAGCUCAGAUUGUGACCGUUGCAGAUCAAGAACUUGAAACAGGUCAUGCAAGAUUACCAAGAGCUCUUGCAGAAGCUGUGCGAACAGUACAUCAGAUGAAAUGGGGAGUGGUGAGAGCUCGUCAGGAACAAAGCCGGUCAUAUAAAGAGGUGUGUGCUCCUGCCCUUGACAAGUGCCGCUUUUUACUACAUGAAGUUCGUGCAGCUUCAGGUACAGAAGUUCGAGCAUUACGUGCACUUCGAGGCCACUUGCAUGCUGCACCUCGAUGGCGGCGUACAGCUCAGCGCUUAAUGACUGAACUACGAGCUGGUCGACAUAGCUUUUCUAGUAGUUCUCAGCAACAACUAGCACCUCAGCGAUCAAAACCAGAGGACAUUCUUAAUGCUAGUAUACAGAGUCAAGAUGCAGAGGCAAAGAAUAAAGGACUAGAACUUGAAUUAGACCAUUUGGAGAAACAAGAAAGUGAUGUCCUUGAGACAGAGAUACCUACUUUUACUCCUGUGCCUCCUUCACCAUCUGCUCCAUCAGUUCCUGCUUUUCCUGAUGAGGAUUCGAAAGAAAUAGAGGGCCAUGAGAAGGAAGCUGCGGAUGUGGACACGUGGAGUGAAGGAGAAGAUCGUGAGGGAAGUGAUGGAGAUGAACCUCCAUCUUGUGCUCCCCCUCCUCCCCCUUCUGCUGAAAAGGACAAGGAACAACGGGAACCUAGGGAAAGAGAGAAGCAACCACAGACUGGAGGAUCCAGUUCCUCUCAAACCCUGCAGUCACCUCGGACCUUAAAAAUUACACGAUCAAUUGUGGACUUUGUGACUCAAGAGGAGGGAACUGAUGUGGAAACUCUUCGGAAGGCCAUGUAUUGCCAGGUUCAGCGUGCUCGUAUCCGUGUGCAAGGCUGUGAGAUGAUGGAGGACUCUGGUUAUUGUCUAGAUGAUAUUCAACUUGCAAACCCACAGCGCAAAUUAGAAGUAGUCCUUGCACAUGCAAAGAUUGCAUCAUGGGCAGUAGCUGCAUUGCGCAGUAGCCUUCUAUCUGCUGAACCAGCCCCAGGCCAUAGCUCUGGAUGUGGCAAUCUUGGAAGUGGAGGAAUGGGGAGCCGUGCAAAAACAGCAGGUCCUCGUUCUCGCAGUGGCAAAGGUUCACUUAAUCAGGGGACCUACAGUUGGCUCCGACGGUUGCCAUGGGCCCGCUUCCUUUUAGCUCUCUUGGGCCUCCUAACUGGAAGUCAUCGUGGUGGAGAAUUGUCUCUGCUCAUUGGAUCUGGACUUUUAGCACUGUUGCAGACUUUGGCCCGUCAACUAGAAGGCUGCUGGCCUGAUGUUUUGGGGCCACCCCCAGAAGACUGUGAUCCUGAGACUUAUGCUGUUUAUGAAGACUCCUUGCAGCGUCACUCUGCCCCUGCUGUGGCAUAUACAGGUCCUGAACUUGCUGCUCUCAUGAAGAUUGGCACUCGCGUUGUACGAGGAGUGGACUGGAAGUGGGGUGACCAGGAUGGCCCUCCUCCAGGAGAAGGAAGAGUUAUUGGAGAACUUGGGGAAGAUGGUUGGGUCCGUGUUCAGUGGGACAAUGGAUCAACAAAUUCCUACCGGAUGGGCAAGGAGGGAAAAUAUGAUUUGAAACUUGCUGAACCUCCCACUCCUGCUGACUCAGACUCUGAUUCUGACUCGGCUGAAGAGCAAGCCAAGAUCCGCCGAGUUGGCACUUCUCAAGGACGUGGAGUUUUGUUUUCUGGCAAGGAUGCUCAUCCAACACAAUUAUUGAAACGAGCAACUUUGACUCUGCUGCGAACAUUAACGUUGUGCUGUGGAUUAGAAGCAGAUCGAAUGCAACCAUCAGCUUUGCGAAUUCUCUCAUCUCUCCUUAGAGAACUUGUCUAUCUUGGAACUCGUCGCUGCGACAGCUCAGGAACUCAGGCUCAAGCCCUGGCCCAUGCAUUGCAUGCUGAAUGGGCUUCUCUGGGGUUCAUUCGUGCAGCAUCUGCAUCACCAGCUAUGUGCCGAGCCCUCAGUUCUCCUCCUUGGGUUGAUAUGCUCAUGGCUCUUGCAGCAGGCCAGGACAACACUCUUAUUGUGUCAUUACAUAAGCAAGUUCUUUCGUUACGUCUACUCCAGGCCGUCUUACCGGCUUGGGAUGUAGCACCUGCAGAGCGCUUGGCGCUUCUGGAACGUCUCUUCCAAUUGCUUGGCAACAUGGUGCUCCUGUGCCCUGGAGACCCUCCGCCACCUGCACCUCCUCCUCCUGCAGGGCCCAGAGAUGCUGGUCUGGCUGGCCUAGGAAAAGCCGUUGUCAGAGGAGAAGCUCCUGGCAGUGCAAGAGUGUCUCUGACAGCCUCCCCAGCUGGCACAGUGGCAGAGGAGGCUGUGGCUUUGCUACGAGCGCUCCAUACUCUUCCCUCGUGGAAUCAUGCUCUUAACACAGUCUUAGCUAAUAAGCUGGCAGCAGCUGGUGAAUUUUUGGCUGAUGGCCCACUUUUCCGCUUGCAACUGAACGAGCCUCCUGUUCUCGUGCAUGAAGCAGCUGCGAUGGCAGCGCUGUGUGUGGUGGGGGGAGCAGACCCACGGCCGCGCCUCGGGGGCACCGUGUUGUUGCCUGAUGGUGCAGGCCCUGCCACUGUUGCCCAGGUACGUCCCUCUUCCGCUCUGCAAACGGCUCUAACUGCACAAAUAUUGUAAGUUCCCAGGCAGAGAAGUGAAGUUUCAUGUGAGAAUGUGACUAGAGCAGAGUUCGUACUGCUGAUCAGUCGAAGACAUGCAAACAGU